AUGUCCCGGAGGACGCUGGGUGGAGGUCGUAUCCUAGGCAGCGCGAACGCUCUCUCCCCAUCGGCUUCAACCCCGUCUCCGCAACCCAAACCGAGGUUAUUAUCACCGACCGCCAGCAGCGUUUCCCUCAGCUCCCAAGCCUCUGCCUCCCAAUUCUCCUCCGAAACACAAGAUCUCACCUCUCGUAUCUCCUUAGAUAAUGUCGGUACCUCGAUUCCCGCGGCUCCGGCAGCUGCCGGAGCUCAGCUGGCUUGUCCGAUCUGCAGUGAGGAGAUGGUAACACUAUUACAAUUGAAUAGACAUCUCGAUGACGUACACCAGAACUUGGAAGAUGAUCGGCAGGAUGAAGUCAAAGAUUGGUUUAAAACGCAGAUGGAAAAGGCGAGACGAUUCCAGCCUCUUGCUGUCCUGAACCAGAAAUUAAAGGGGCUAGAUGUAUUCGAGUCGAAUGACAAUCUACAAGCCUUCGCCGGCCCCAGUCGUCCUAAUGCACCCACCCAAGCGCAUACACCUGAACAACAAAAGCCACUUGACCCUGACGACAUCAUAUCAAAAGAUCACUGGCAAGCCCGAGGUCUAUACGAUAUUUGUCUAGAGCCGUCGUGUGGGCAGCGACUCAAUGCCACCAACGGCUGUGUCAACUGUCGAAAAUGCGGAAAGCUGUUUUGCGAGGAACACACCAUGUACCAGAUGAAGUUGUCCAGGUCAGCACAACAUGAACCGGUAAGAGGUUUAUGGUGUAGAGUCUGCGAAACUUGUUAUAAGUCGAGGGAUGGGUAUAACGAUCACAACGGCCUGGUAAGAGACCGGAUGGAUGAAUUCAAAACAGUGAGAAAGCAGACAGUCGACAAGGCCUUUCUAGAAGUCUCCCGGCUCGAGAAGCGUUUGACACGACUCACCCAGCUGCUAGCUAGCUUGCCUGUGGAGCAGAUCCAGACAAACACAAGCAAGAUAUGGCCCAUGGCAUGGCAUAAUGACCAACGAAAGGCGAUUGAGCAAACAGUCGUCAGCUGGCAGGACGACUCGAGUGUCUCAAGGUGUCCAUUUUGUCAGCAGGAUUUCACCAGCUAUACUUUUCGGAGGCACCACUGCAGAACUUGUGGACGAGUUGUUUGCGGUGAUCCAGCGACCGGAUGUUCUACUGAAGUACCUCUGAGCAUCGCACCCUUGUCAAACGCGCCCACUGAAAAAUCCAGUAAUACAGACAUGAUAAAUAUCGAUGUCAGGCUCUGCAAGGAAUGCAGGGCAACAUUAUUUGACCGUCGAGAUUUCGCAGCCGAUCUCAUGCGGAAACCUCCGGACUUGAGGGCAUAUGAAAACUUGGUCCAGUUCGAAAGGGGCAUUCGAAUUCUCUUGCCCAAAUUUCAAAAGCUGUUAACGGCUUUACAGGACCCCAGGCGACCGCCCUCAUCUGCUCAAAUAGCUGAGGCUUCCAAGAUACGCAAGCGACUUACCGAUUCUUUCGCUCAGUAUGAUGUCGCCGCACGACGUAUUCGCGACCUUGCUACAGAAUCGUCGGCCCAGCAACGUCUCCAGAAGGCUAUAUAUCAACAGGCCAGCCAUUUCCUGCACCUUCACAUGCUUCCCCUGAAAUCCCUUCCUAAAGUUCUCAGACACUCGACGACCAAUGGCCGACUACCAAGCUCGACCAGCUCCCCCACUCCUAGCAACUGUUCGGCAAACGGUCAUCGACGACAAGAAUCUGCCUUGUCAUCGAUCAAGUAUAAUAGUGUGGCUACAGGUGGGAGCAACAGUAGCCUGGCUAGUGACACAAGUAGCGCUAUCUCUGUUCUAGAGGCGGAAGAAAAGUCCUUACGUGAACGGCUCAUUGUCCUCGAGGAGCAGAAAUUCUUCGUCUCCGAAAUGAUCGCUGAUGCGAACCGACGUCGCAAGUUCGACGAGGUCAGCAGUUUAGCGGUGAACGUUGAAGAUCUCACCCGUGAAAUUGACCGUGUGAAUGGGAUGCUGGAGAGGCUAGACUUUGAAGGCGUCUAUACCAGUCAUCCGCCACUGAGUUUAUAG